AUGAAGCUGUGCAAGGCACUGAUGACACUCGACAGACGAUGCUUUGCCUUGACCAUCUUGCUGGUAGCAAUGGACAUCCAGCCUGGUGGAUGCAUACAAAUCUCCAGCUCAACUUCCCAGAAAGAACAGCAACUAAAUUUAACCUGUACUGUACAGCAUCAGAAAGAGGUUAAAGGGCUUGUAAUAUUCGUGUGCAAGAACAGGAGUAAGGACUGUUCCCCUGAGACCAGCGUGAAGCAGCUGAAACUGGAAAUGGCUCCUAGGACAGAUGGUGCCAAUGAAACGACAUCUCAGUUGGUGUUCACCAUAAAUCCUGUCACUCUGUCAAACAGUGGAACCUACCAAUGUGGUGCCAGAAGCCAGGAGCCAGAUAUCUGGCUUCAGGGCCAUUUUAUCUCCAUUUCAGUUACAGAGAAAGGAAACUACACAGUGAUGGGGCCAAAACCAAAACAACACCAUGAGCCCAGCCAUAGUGAAGGUGUUCCCAGUUCACACUUUUUGCAAAAGAUGUGGGUGUUGCUGGUCACCAGCCUGGUGACCCUUCAAGGUAUGUCCAGCAGGGUCUUAAGUACUUACCUCAAGUGUGAUACCUUUGUCACCUUAGUUAUUCUUCAGGAGAAGGAGAACAGGAAGCCCAGAGUGUGA